AUGUCCGUAUCGCCUACGUCACUGCCUCGCCGGCCGGUGCGCUAUCUCGUCGCUGCCGCAAUCGCUGCCUCCCUUUUCUUCUACUGGUCCGCCAUUACCGACCGCCUCUCCUCGCCUUUCCACCAGUACAAUGUCCACGGCAUUCCAGCGACCAAUUCGACCCUAGGCUUCGGUCGCAUCUACGCCGUCUCCAAGCAGGGCUCGCCGCGCCGCGAGGGGCUCAUCCACGCCGCCAAUGUCACCGAAAUCGACAUCACCAUCCCCGAACAGCCACGCUGGACGCUAGAAGAUGAGGAAAACUUCAGGCUGCCCGAGAACUCGACACUGGGGCGCGGCUCGCUCCUAGCCUGGCUAGGACACCUGCACGCCCUUCGCGAGUUUAUGGACUCCGGCGCCGAGACGGCCCUCAUCCUUGAAGACGACGUCGACUGGGACAUCCGCCUCCGAUCGCAGCAGAUCCCGCUUGUCGCAUCCGCCAUUCGCGCGCUGCUCCCCGACGCCAAGUACCCGCAGUACCCGUACGGACACCCUAAGAACUGGGACUUGCUAUACAUGGGACACUGCGGCGACUACUGGCACGGCAUGGACAUCGGCUUCGAGAAGGGUCACGUAAUUCCGGAGAACCUGACGGCCACUCCGCACAUCGCCUUCCGUGACGAGUCGCUGCCGGAUUUCGACAACCUGCACCCAUGGACGACAUCGCUGUUGGAAAACCUGAACGUGACCGAGCGCACGCGUCUGGUGCACCGCAGCCGCUUCCCGCUGUGCACCUUUGCCUACGCUGUGACGCGUCAUUCAGCCAACCGCCUCCUGACGGAGCUGGCGGGCCGCGAGUCGUCGCGCCCCGGCGAUCACGCGUACGACAUCACCAUCCUGCGCGGCUGCAUCUCGGACGGUCUCCGCUGCUGGAGCAUCAAUCCAGAGCUCUUUCACCACGUUCCCGGCGACAGCAUGAUCGCCGGCAUCGAGCACACGCCCGACCGCGUCCCGCCCGUCGACGAGAGCGGCUGGUGGCAGGUCCAGCAACGUGCUGAGACGACCAACAUCGAUUGCGGCUUCUGGACGGGGGCAUUUGACUUCAAAAGUAACGAUCUGGAUCGGCUGCGUUGGCUGCAGCAGGAGGUCGGUCGCAAGGGCCGUUGCAUCAAGCCCGGCAGGGAGCUCCAGACGCAAACGGUAGAACGACCGCCUCCGAAAGUACAGCCGCCGAGCGCGGAGCGCCCGAAGAAAGCGAACCAGGUCCCUUGA